AUGGUCCUCGAUUCAGUUAAGAAUGUAUACAACCAGUGGUUUCCUCCAGCUCCAACAUUCACGGAGAAAGAUGUUCCUUCUCAGGAGGGUAAAGUCUUCAUCGUCUCAGAAGGAAACACAGGAAUUGGCUACGAAUUGAUAAAAAUGCUGUACGCCACCGGAGCAAAAGUUGACAUGGCAUCUCGGUCCAAGGUAAGAUCUUCCCAUGCAAACAUCACACUCCUCUUCAACCCCUCAAAAUCAACUAAAGAUUUCCAUCAGGAAAAAGCAGAAAAAGCAAUCCAAACUCUUACAUCAGAGACCCCAGCCCCAAUAAAUAAAGGAUCCAUCCACUUCCUCUACCUCGACCUCAACGACCUCCUCUCCGUCAAGAAAGCAGUCGAGAUCUUUUCCCAACAAGAGUCAAGACUCGAUAUACUGUGGAACAACGCUGGAUCAGGCGCACAUAUCAUCCCUUUCGGCGCAUGAACCGUCCAAAAUAUAGAAUCAGUAACAGGCACCAUCUGCAUCACAACACUCCUCUUCACAACUCUUCUCCUCCCCCAACUCCAGGCCGCCUCGCCAUCUCGUGUAGUCUGGACAUCGAGUUUCCUCGCCGAAAGCGCGAGUCCCAAGAACGAUAUUGACUUCACUUCCUUAGAGAAGGGAAUAGAAGACCGCACAAAGAACUACGCCGUGGCAAAGGCGGGAACCUGGAUGUUAGGACGUGAAUCUGCGCGACGGUAUGGAAGGGAGGGGAUUACGAGCGUGAUUCAAAAUCCUGGGAAUUUGAAGACGGGGGCGUAUGAUGCGAUCGGAUGGGUGGGUAUGUUAUUUAUCGGUCCACUGUUGGCGGAGGCGAGGUUUGGGGCUUACACGGAGUUGUUUGCGGGGUUUGGAAGUGUCGGGAAUGGAGAUUAUGUUAUUCCUUGGGGGAGGGUGAGAGGUGAUGGGGAGUGUCCGAGAAAGGAUUUGCUUAAUGCUAUGAAGCCGGUGGAGGAGGGGGGACUUGGUUAUGGAGAGAAGUUGCGAGAGUGGUGUGAGGAGAAGUGGAAGCCUUUUAUUUAG